AUGGAUCGUUUGAAAGAGUUGGAGAAAAAGAGGAAGCAGCUGCAAGAGCUACGAGAGAGGAGAAAGGAUGCGCAUAAUGCAACAUUAUUGAAUAAAUUACAGGAACAUAAGCAAACAGAGAAUACGAGAAGUACAGCGGUAGAGAUGGUCACUAUCUCGGUCCAGACAGAGUCGAUCGACAGCUCCAUGGAAUCUAUGACUGUAGGCCAUGAUUCCAGUCAAUUAAGUAAGGAAAAAGGGGAGCUUAUUACAUUUGAUAAGAGUAUCCAAACUGACUCUUAUCAUGAGUUUGAAGUAAAGGAACCCAUCGAUCUUACUAAGAACCAGAUUGGCGAAAGUCAAGAGGAAUUGAUGGAACUUGAUGCCAAUGUUCAAAAUGAUAUAGAAAAAUACGAUUCCAAGAGUCUAAAAGAUAUUGAAUAUUUAUACCCAAUGUUGAUGAAAACCGACUAUAAACAAAAUACAGAUCAGUUAACCUUUUCUAUAAUAGAGUUAAUGGAUAGCAUGAAUAAUGAAUCCGUUACCAAUAAAAUCAACCAAAAUGCGAUUGACAUUAGAAAUGGCGAUUCAUUAAAAUUUAUUAAUAAAAUUGAGUCUCAGAUACCGAAAGCAGAUAGUCAAAUUUUGAAUAGCAUAGCCAUUGACAGCUAUGGACCAUUAUUAGCAGUGCUUUACGUUUGCAAACCAAUGAUGAAUGGGAGUCUAUCUAGUAUCACCUCAUCUUAUGUUGAGGUCCAUGAUUAUCAUAAAAGCAUUUUAAUAGAUAGAGUAGAGUUUCAAGGCCAAUCCUUAGUAACUUGCAAGUUCCUUCGUAAACGAUCCCAUUCAAAAGUCACAUCUUUGUUGUUGACUGCUCUCAGUGGGAAGAUAUACUUAUACGAAAUAAAAGCAGUAACAUCAACGGAAUUAGAUAUGCCAGUAACUAAGGUAAAGUUUCAAAGAAAUAUAAUAUACAAAAAUUAUCACUAUGCACCAGUCUAUGCGAUUUUUGAAUACAAUUACGAGACUAAUAAAUUUUCAUCCUUUAGUGAUGACAGAUUUUUGAGCAUAAGUAAUGUUGGCGCAUUGAAUGAAAUAUCUUCCUUAGAUUUAAGCUUAUAUGUGGAUAAUUCACCUGUUAGCCAAUGCUUACAUAAUAUUAUAAUACAACCACCUCGAAGAGCUGCAUUGAUCAGUUAUACAGGUCCAAACAAAAAUCUAUCAGAUGAAUUAAUUGACAAUGACGAUUACGAAUCAGAUACAUCAUCUACUGAAGAUGAAACUAGAAGGAAAUUCAAAAAUAAGUCACAUAAGGAAAUAACGCAAGAGAUCUUUCUUCGUAAUUUACAGAAAGUGAGUCUAUACUCAAAAUUGACUGUAUUGAAAAUGGCUGUCUCCAUUGGAAAUGAAAACUUCAUAUAUGUUGGUACAGAAGAUGGUGGAAUCUAUAAAUUAUCACUAAAUGAUAUCAAAGAUGAUAAAUUAACCGUAUCAUUAUUCAAUAAUAAUUUUUUACCAGUGGAAGAUGAUACAUCCUUUGAAUACCUCUUUCACUCUAGUCCCGUUACAUCUCUGACUAUAAAUAAAAGCAACUAUCUGCUCUCGACAUCUUUAGACUGGACCUGCAAACUUUGGGAUACUAUUACUGAUAUGGCAAUUGGUAAAUAUAAUUUUAAUGCUCCUGUCCUACAAGGAGAAUGGAUAUAUCCAAAUUCAACUAACCGCUCUUCUAUCUUUACAGCUUGCAUUUCUUGGCAAGAAUUUACAAUUUUAAAGUGGGAUUUGAAAAAGUCACCAUUUACCAAUACUGAUAAUAUGACAUUUAUCAAAACAGAACUCUCUAAGCAACCAGAAGUUAUUUUACGGAUUACAAAUGAGCUGGUUUCAUUUGAAUAUUUUACAAAUUUUAAAUUAAUUAAUAACAAUGAAAGUGACAAUGAUGGAUUAGGUGUCAUACUUGGGGGUGAUAAAAACUACGUAAGUAUAUAUAAUAUCCUUCUUUUUUCAGUAGAUUAA